UAGAGUUGGAAAUGUAGUCUAGGAUGCAAUCCUAAGACUUGGAAUAUGACAAGAGACUUAUCUCGAGUCCGGAGGACACAGGAAUGAGCAGGAACUAAGAUGAUAUUUGAACUGGAGUAUUUCCAAGAGUUACAGGAGGUUUAUAUACUGUAGGUAUCAUAUAGGAAUCAGUCAGCAAACAUAAAGGCUAUGUACAAAGCAUAUGCAAAGUCUAUUAUCAGCCAUAAUGCUGUGAACAUGGCCAACGUAAAAACAUCCAGGGGACUUGCUGCAACAGGUGUUGGGACUGUCGAUUGCGCAAGGCAUGAUAUGAAGCUUCCUAAUGGAGUGGGUGAUCUGCAAAAGGGCGAAAACAAGAACGUCAGAUGCACAGAUGGGAAAGCACCCAAGAGAGGAUGGGCAAACAUUAACUGUGUGGCAUCAAGUGAAUGGAUGCUCCACAAAAUCAAACAAGCUUCCAGCAGAUCCAAGCUUCAUCGAGAGGAGCUGCAUGAACUCGGACAUACGAUACCAGCACUAUCACUGUCUGCAUGGAGAUCAGAAAUAAUAGCAUGGGAAGAGGACCACACAAAACCCAAUCCAUUCAGGAGCAGGGUUCUAGCCAAGAAGGAUGCUGCAGACCUACAAUCUGGUGCAGAUAUCUUGUUGCACACUGAAAUAUCCCCAAGUAUCCUGAUUGUGUCAGGGAUUGAUUUGCAGGAUCAACAAGAAACACCAGACAAUGUUUGGCUGUGGAUGCAUCAGCACUGGGCCAGCAUGCGACUGACACACAAAAAUGAAGAUAUAUAUCAAAGCAACACUCUUCAAUGCCAACUGGAUAAUUGGAACAUCCAUUUAUUCACUCAUCUCAACAUAUUCAGGGUUACAAAAAUACAUGCUGGUAAAGCUAAGUAUGAUGCUGCCCAGGCUGCACUUGUUGCCCUCACACCACAGCUAGGAAAAACUGGCUGGAGCAAUAUUUUGCACCCUCUUUUAGUGUUGGAUAUGAGACCUAUGGGCGACUUCAUUCAAGGGCAAUCUGAAGGCUGUACACUGUCAAGGCUCCAUGUCACAUUGCUCAAGUUCUCGACGAGCGGGACUGCCCACCACUUUUGA